GUCUUCCUCCCACUUCUGUAGGAAUCUGAGCUAGAAUGCUGCAUGGACGCGAUGGAGGCCAAUACCACCUGUCUUGCCAGCAACCAAUGCAGUCCAGGCUGUUACCGGCGGUGGAACGAAGAUGGCAGCAGCAGCUGCAUUAAAUGUGAGAAUGAAACUAUCGCCGCAACACCCGUUGACAACCUCACGGACUGCCGAAACAAUGCUGCCAGAGGAAUGAAUUCCCAAACAAACUUUAGUACCAUAACCCCAGUUACAAUUGGAGUAGGGGGACCAGAAGUAGCUGCUUCUCUCAUCUUUGGGACCUUCGUCAUCAGCCUCUUCCUCAUCCUGUGCGUCGCUUCCUUUUUCUACCUCAAACGUGCCAAUAAACUUCCAAAUCUCUUCUAUAGAAGAAGCAAAGGAUCUGUUGUACAGUCUGCUGAAUCAGCAUCCAUGUUAUCACCUCCUUCUUCAGUCCGGAAACCCCGCUACGUCCGAAGGGAGCGAUCGCUCAUGACCUCCAGCACCAGCACAACCCUUUCCGCGGAGACCAGAGUCAGCAAUGUGUAAACGACUACGUGGCGCCCAAGGAUUUGUAAAUAGUGACCUCCAUCUCCAGCAGAGAGCCACGAAAGGGCAGAAGAAGCCGUCUGGUGGGCCCGGAGGCUUCGCACAGAACCAAGAAAUGUGAACGCGGAGCUUAGCUUUAGGAAAGAGAACGUUUUGCUCAAUCCUCUCGGGCAACAGGCUGCGGGGUCUGUUUCUUUUUCCCCCCUUUGGGGUGCAGCACGCUCUUCAGCAUCACCCUCGUUGGCUCUGAUUAUUGGAACCGAGUCCACGUUGCUGCCAGGGAGCUGCAGAACUGACCCACGCAAAGAGGCGGGCGUCCAUUCCACGCCGGCCCUUGAGGUUAACACAAAAGUGCCAUGUUUUCUUUGUCCCUGGCGGAAAGCUUUCGGCCCCUCCAAGCACAGAUAUUUUACAUAGGGGUUCUUCCUAGAGAUGGUACGAACCCCCAGCCCAGCAUUUCCCAACCUUGGGGGCGUCGCAAGGGGGUUUCAGAUGGUCUUUGGAACCCCUUUGGCAGAGAAGGCUGAUGAUCUCUCCGCCUGUCCUCUUCCUUUUUUGGAAACAGACAGUGAAUCCACCAAACACCGGCCCCUCAGCCAAGGGGAGGGCUGUUUCUGAGACUCCAAGCAGGGAGGGGAGAGCAGGCGUGCUUGGCACAUGGCAGUGUGGUUCAUAUGUCCAGGUGAGGGAGAGUGCGAGGCUGGAGAGGAUCUCAUGCCAACAAGAAGGAAGGGGAGAGCAAGCGUGCUUGGUGCAUGCCAGCAUGGUGUGUAUGUGCAGGCGAGGGAGAGCAUGCAAGGCUGGAGAGAGGCUCAUGCCAACAAGCUGGGAGGGGAGAGCAGGCAUGCUUUGUGCAUGGCAGUGUGGUGCGCAUGUGAGGGCAAGGGAGAGCGUGCGAGGCUGAGAGAGGCUCACGCCAACAAGCAGAGAGGGGAGAGCAGGUGUGCUUGGCACAUGGCACCAUGGUGGGCAUUUAUGAGUAAGGUAGAGUGUGUGAGGCUGAGAGAGGCCCACGCCAACAAGCGAGGAGGGGAGAGCAGAUGUGCUUGGCACAUGGCAGUAUGAUGGGCAUGUAUGGGGGAGGGAGAGUGCAAGGGUGAGAGACGAUCACACCAAUAAGCGGGGAGGAGAGAGCAGGCAUGCUUGGGGCAUGGCAGGGUGAUGCGCAGGUACAGGCGAGGGAGAACCUGCGAGGCUGG